UAGCUCAUGAUCCGUGGCUCCCGAGUCAGAUCGGCCUGGCUGCUGACCAGAAUGCACUGCGCUUUGGACGCAGGUCGCUCGCGACCUCCGCCUAUUGCUUCACUAACGCCCCACCGACUAUCGGGUGUCAUGGAAGAUGGGGGGGGAUCGUGUUCUUCGCGUUGCCUCACAGCAGGGGCGGGCGCUCGGGGUGCUUCCCCGGAUACGGGUCCCUGCUGCCAGCCCUUGGGAAUGAACGUGGGGGGCCCUGUCGAACGCCACGUCGCCCUUCUCGGUCCCUUCCCUGACGCCGCUUAACCCCGGGCACUGAGCGGCUAGCGCCUCUUCGGCCCCCCAACACCGCUGCGGGUUGACAAAAGUCGCCUUGAGAGGCUGCUCCUGUAAUGGCGCCUGCGUCACUCACUAACAUGGCGGACAGGGCCGUGCGCGGCGCAAACGUCAGCAGCUCUCCCCCGGCGGCUCAGAAACAGCGAAGGAGAGCCGGGCCGUGCGCUCUGAUUGGCCCUGAGGCGGAGCGUGCGGCGCCCAACGUUCCCACAUAAGCCAAUCAGAAGGGCGGCACACGGAAUUGGCCGCUGCGCCCCCUCCCGAGGCAUUCUGGGAGCCUGGAGGACUAGCGAGGAGGAGUUGAGAGAACGGAGCGGACGCCAUGGCGACCAACAUCGAGCAGAUUUUUAGGUCUUUCGUGGUCAGUAAAUUCCGGGAAAUUCAACAAGAGCUUUCCAGUGGAAGGAGUGAAGGCCAGCUCAAUGGUGAAACAAAUACACCUAUUGAAGGAAACCAGGCAGGUGAGGAUGCAGCUGCCUCUGCCAGGAGCCUACCAAAUGAAGAAAUAGUUCAGAAGAUAGAGGAAGUACUUUCUGGGGUCUUAGAUACAGAACUACGCUGUAAGCCAGACUUGAAGGAGGCCUCCAGAAAAAGUAGAUGUGUCUCUGUACAAACAGACCCUACUGAUGAAGUUCCCACUAAAAAGUCAAAGAAGCAUAAAAAGCACAAAAAUAAAAAGAAGAAAAAGAAGAAAGAAAAGGAAAAAAAGUAUAAAAGGCAGCCAGAAGAAUCUGAAUCAAAGGCAAAAUCACAUCAUGAAGAGAACAUGGAUUUAGAAUCAGAUUCCUUUUUGAAGUUUGAUUCUGAGCCUUCAGCAAUGGCACUGGAGCAUCCGGUAAGAGCGUUUGGGCUCUCUGAGACCAGUGAAACUCCUGCAGUUGUGCUAGAACCUCCUGUAGUCUCAAUGGAGGUGUCACAGUCCCACACCUUAGAAACUCUGAAGCCAGCUACAAAAACUGCAGAACUGUCACUUGCAUCUACAUCAGCAAUCUCUGUGCAAUCAGAACAGUCUGUGGCAGUAACGCUGGAACCACCCAUGACAAAGAUUCUGGAUUCUUUUUCAACAGCACCGGUGUCUACUACAACAGUAGUGCUAACGUCACCUGAGCCAGUUGUAACAAUGUCAAUGGAGUAUCAGAUGAAGUCUGUGCUGAAAUCUUUGGAGUGCACAUCUCCAGAGCCAUCAAAGACCAUAUUGGAGCCUCCAGUAGCAAAAGUGCUGGAGCCAUCAGAAACCCUUAUGGUAUCAUCACAGACACCUAUUGAGGCACACCCUGAGCCAAGCACAUCAACAGUGGAUAUUCCAGAGUCUUCUGAAACUGAAGACCUAAGAUUGCCAGAGCAGCCUGUAGCAGUACCAUCGGAGACUGCAGAUUCAUCCAUGACAAGAUCACAGGAGCUGCUGGAGCUACCCAAGCCCACAGCAUUGGAGCUGCCGGAGUCGUCGGUGGCCUCAGCGAUGCAGUUGCCGGGGCCACCUGCGACUUCCAUGCCGGAGCUGCAGGGGCCCCCUGUGACUCCAGGGCUGGAGUUACCUGGGCCCUCUGCUACCCCGGUGCCAGAGUUGCCAGGGCCCCCUUCUACCCCAGUGCCUGAGUUGCUAGGGCCCCCUGCGACAGCGGUGUCUGAGUUGCCGGGGCCCUCAGUGAUAUCAGUGCCUCAGUUGUCGCAGGAAUUGCCAGGGCUUCCAGCACCAUCCAUGGGGUUGGAGCCAGCACAGGAGGUACCAGAGCCACCUGUGACGGCACAGGAGUUGCCAGGGCAGCCUGCGGUAACAGUAGCAAUGGAGUUGACGGAGCAACCGGCGACGACGACAGAGUUGGAGCAGCCUGUGGGGAUGACAGCGAUGGAACAUCCUGGGCAGCCUGAGGUGACAACAGCAACAACGUUGCUGGGGCAGCCUGAGGCAGCGAUGGUGCUGGAGUUGCCAGGGCAACCAGUGGCAACGACAGCGCUGGAGUUGCCAGGGCAGCCUUCGGUGCCUGGGGUGCCAGAGUUGCCAGGGCUGCCUUCGGCAACUAGGGCACUGGAGUUGUCUGGGCAGCCUGUGGCAACUGGGGCACUGGAGUUGCCUGGGCAGCUCAUGGCAACUGGGGCACUGGAGUUUGCAGGGCAGUCUGGGGCAGCUGGAGCACUAGAGCUUUUGGGGCAGCCUCUGGCAACAGGGGUUCUGGAGUUGCCAGGGCAGCCUGGGGCGCCAGAGUUGCCUGGGCAGCCUGCGGCAACUGUGGCGCUGGAGAUCUCUGUUCAGUCUGUGGUGACAACGGAGCUGUCAACGAUGACCGUGUCGCAGUCCCUGGAGGUGCCCUCGACGACAGCGCUGGAAUCCUAUAAUACGGUAGCACAGGAGCUGCCUACUACAUUAGUGGGGGAGACUUCUAUAACAGUAGGAGUGGAUCCCUUGAUGGCCCAAGAAUCCCAUAUGUUAGCUUCUAACACCAUGGAGACCCAUAUGUUAGCGUCCAACACCAUGGACUCCCAGAUGCUAGCGUCCAACACCAUGGACUCCCAGAUGCUAGCAUCUAACACCAUGGACUCCCAGAUGCUAGCGUCCAGCUCCAUGGACUCCCAGAUGUUAGCAACCAGCUCCAUGGACUCCCAGAUGUUAGCAACUAGCUCUAUGGACUCCCAGAUGUUAGCAACCAGCACCAUGGACUCCCAGAUGUUAGCAACUAGCUCUAUGGAUUCUCAGAUGUUAGCAUCUGGCACUAUGGACUCUCAAAUGUUAGCUUCCGGCACCAUGGAUGCUCAGAUGUUAGCGUCUGGUACCAUGGAUGCCCAGAUGUUAGCAUCUAGUACCCAAGAUUCUUCUAUGCUGGGUUCAAAAUCUCCUGAUCCCUACAGGUUAGCUCAGGAUCCCUAUAGGUUAGCUCAGGAUCCCUAUAGGUUAGGUCAUGACCCUUAUAGGCUAGGUCAUGAUGCCUAUAGAUUAGGGCAAGACCCUUAUAGAUUAGGCCAUGAUCCCUACAGACUUACUCCUGAUCCCUAUAGGAUGUCACCUAGACCUUACAGGAUAGCACCCAGGUCCUAUAGGGCCGUUCCUAGACCAUAUAGGUUAGCACCCAGACCCCUGAUGUUGGCAUCUAGACGUUCUAUGAUGAUGUCCUAUGCUGCAGAACGUUCCAUGAUGUCAUCUUAUGAACGCUCUAUGAUGUCUUAUGAGCGGUCUAUGAUGUCCCCUAUGGCUGAGCGCUCCAUGAUGUCAGCCUAUGAGCGCUCUAUGAUGUCAGCCUAUGAGCGCUCUAUGAUGUCCCCUAUGGCUGAGCGCUCCAUGAUGUCAGCUUAUGAGCGUUCUAUGAUGUCAGCUUAUGAGCGCUCUAUGAUGACGGACCGAUCAAUGAUGGCUGACCGGUCUAUGAUGUCAUCUUACUCUGCUGCCGACCGGUCUAUGAUGUCAUCGUAUUCUGCAGCUGACCGAACUAUGAUGUCAUCUUAUACUGCUGAUCGUUCAAUGAUGUCUAUGGCAGCUGAUUCUUACACCGAUUCUUACACUGAUACAUAUACAGAGGCAUAUAUGGUGCCACCCUUGCCUCCUGAAGAGCCUCCAACAAUGCCACCAUUGCCACCUGAAGAGCCACCAAUGACACCACCAUUGCCUCCUGAGGAGCCGCCGGAGGGCACAGCAUUACCCACUGAGCAGUCAGCAUUAACAGCUGAAAAUACUUGGCCUACUGAGAUGCCACCAUUACCUCCUGAAGAGUCGGUAUCCCUGGCUGAACCUCCUGUGAGUCAAAGUGAGAUUUCAGAGCCUUCGGUGGUGCCUGCUAAUUAUUCAGUGUCAGCAUCAGAGCCUUCAAUGUUAGUGUCAGAGGCUGCCAUGACUGUUCCAGAGCCACCACUGGAGCCAGAGUCUGCGGUUACAUCAGCACCUAUAGAGUCUGCUGCAGAAGCAGAGGAGCAUGAAGUUCUAGAAAGACCAGGGGCUUAUAUGGUAUCUGAAACUACCAUGAUGUCAGCUGAACCAACUAUGUCAACAUCAGAGCCUUCUAUUAUGUCAGAGACAGCAGAAACCUUUGAUUCCAUGAGAGCUCCAGGACAUGUUGCCUCAGAGGUAUCUGUGUCCCUCCUGGAGCCUGCAGUCACUAUUCCAGAGCCAUCACAGAGCGCUCUAGAGUUGUCAGCCAUGGCCAUCUCAGAGCUACCCUCCAUGGCUGCCCCAGAGCCCCCAGCCGAGGCUGUCCCAGAGCCCCCAGCCGAAGCUGUCCCAGAGCCCUCAGCUGAGGUCCCAGAGCCCCUGGCUGUGACUGUCCCUGGGCCACUGGCCAUGGCUGUACUGGAGCCAUCACCUGAGGCUGUCCCAGAGCCCAUGGCCUUGGUUGAGCCAGAGCAUGUUACCAUUCCUGUGCCAGUUGUUUCUGCCCUGGAGCCUGCUGUACCUGUCCUAGAACCAGCAGUAUCAGUUCAACCUAACAUUAUUUCAGAACCACCUGUUGUCCAAGAAUCUACAGUGACAGUUGCAGAGCCUGCUGUCACUGUCUCAGAGCAGACUCAAAUAACACUGACUGAGAUGGCUUUAGAGUCUACCUCUGCGAUGCUGAAGUCUGGUGUUAUAACAGGAAUGAAUUUAAUAUCUACUUAUCAAGAUCUUACUCCAGAGAUUGGUAUGCAGGAGGUUCCCAUGCACUCAGAUGAAGAGCCACAUGAUGAGCACCUGAAGAGUGACUCUUAUCAAAGUGAACAUGGUAUAAAUAGAGACGUUGAUAUAAAUAAUCAUUUAAUUGCUAAAGACAUGGAACAUAGCACAAUGUCCACUGCCAGCACUGGUGCUAUUGGUGAAAUGGGUGAAGAGAAAAUUUUGGCCAUCAAUGAGACUAAACAAUGCAUAGUAUUGGAUACCUGCCCUAGUGUUAGUGAAGCUGAUGUAGGAGGAACUCUAUCUUCUGCUGGUCCUCUUGCUGUCGAACCUGAUACAUUGGGAACUAGUAAGGGUAUUGAAUUUGCCACAGUAUCUGCUCUCAGUUCAGUUAGUAAAUAUGAUGUUGAAGUAUCUUUAAGUACUCAAGAUACUGAACAUGACAUGGUAAUUUCCACUAGCCCCAGUGGUGGUAGUGAGGCUGACAUAGAGGGACCUUUGCCUGCUAAAGACAUUCAUCUUGACUUGCCAUCUAAUAACUUUAUUAGCAAUGAUACAGAAGGACCAUUACCUACAAAGGAGAGUGACCAGACAUUAGCAGUUGCUCUCAGCCCUAAAGAAAGUAGUGAAGAUAAAGAGGUACCACUCCCUGCUAAAGAGACAGUGUCUGAAUCUGCAUUUCCUGCCAAUAUUGAAGAUAUUAAUGAAGCAGAUUUAGUAAGACCAUUACUUCCUAAGGACAUGGAACGUCUUACAAGCCUCAGAGCUGGUAUUGAAGGACCUUUACUUGCAAGUGAAGUUGAACGUGACAAAUCUGCUGCCAGUCCAGUUGUAAUGAGUAUACCAGAAAGAGCUUCAGAUUCAUCUUCAGAGGAAAAAGAUGAUUAUGAAAUUUUUGUGAAAGUUAAGGACACUCAUGAAAAAAGCAAGAAAAAUAAGAACCGUGAUAAAGGUGAGAAAGAAAAGAAAAGAGACUCUUCGUUAAGAUCUCGAAGUAAGCGGUCCAAGUCUUCAGAACACAAAUCACGCAAACGUACCAGUGAAUCUCGUUCUAGGGCAAGGAAGAGAUCAUCUAAGUCCAAGUCUCGUCGCUCUCAAACACGUUCAAGGUCACGUUCAAGACGCAGGAGGAGGAGCAGCAGGUCAAGAUCAAAGUCUAGAGGAAGGCGAUCUGUAUCAAAAGAGAAGCGCAAAAGGUCCCCAAAGCACAGAUCCAAGUCCAGGGAAAGAAAAAGAAAAAGAUCAAGCUCCAGGGAUAAUCGGAAAACUGGGAGAGCUCGGAGUCGCACCCCAAGUCGGCGGAGUCGGAGCCACACUCCGAGUCGACGAAGAAGAUCUAGAUCUGUGGGGAGAAGGAGCUUUAGCAUUUCCCCGAGCCGACGGAGCCGCACCCCAAGCCGAAGGAGCCGCACCCCAAGCCGACGGAGCCGUACCCCUAGUCGACGGAGCCGCACCCCAAGCCGACGGAGCCGCACCCCUAGCCGACGGAGCCGCACUCCUAGCCGACGGAGAAGAUCAAGGUCGGUGGUAAGAAGACGAAGCUUCAGUAUCUCACCAGUCAGGUUAAGGCGAUCACGGACACCCUUGCGAAGAAGGUUUAGCAGGUCUCCCCUCCGCCGUAAACGGUCCCGAUCUUCAGAAAGAGGCCGAUCGCCUAAACGCCUGACAGAUCUGAAUAAGGCUCAAUUACUUGAAAUAGCCAAAGCUAAUGCAGCUGCCAUGUGUGCUAAGGCUGGUGUUCCUUUACCGCCAAACCUAAAGCCUGCACCUCCACCUACCAUAGAAGAGAAAGUUGCUAAAAAGUCAGGAGGAGCUACUAUAGAAGAACUAACGGAGUUUUAGAAGCCAAACUGACUGAGGAGUGGGACGGUUCGUUUGAAUGGAGGAGGUGUUGAGUGAGCAACACGCAGAAGCUCGCCUACAGUUUCGUUUCCAUUCACGACGUGUUCACUGAUCGCCACGAGUGUACUGCAUAUACGCAAAGACACAGACAAUCUUCAGAAAUGAUCUUUUGCCACCGGAGCUUGGAAAUUAAUGAGAAUAGCUGGCCAUUGCCUGAAAGGAACUUCUUUCGCAUCAUCAUUUCGGGUUUUGGCUGUUUGGUACCAGCCAUUGGUGAUAAUGGCCGGCCAUUAUCAGUUCUUCCUUGCGGUUCGGGUUUUGGCAGUAACAUAUAUAUAUUUUAAACACUUAUUUUUGUUCUUAAGAAUUUGAUCUUUUCAAAUGAGGCUUGUUUUUGGCUUUGUUUUAUUAAUAUUAUUUUGUUGGUUUUCGGGGAGGGGGGAGGAUGCUGAAAUAUUGCUGCUAGGAUCCAGAAAUACCACACUGUUUCAUAUAUUGAAACUUGCUAUCGGCUAGCCUUAUGCCAGCCUGCCACUGUCAAUAUAUUCUGUUCCCCUUGGUUACAAGUGUAGUAUACUCUGUUUUUGGCUAAAUGAGCUUUUUAUCCUAUUGUAAUAUUUUCAAUUGAUAAUGGAUGUGGCAUUCUGCUUGUAAAGAGACAAGUCUACCCAAAUUUACUCUGACCUUUUUAUAAAGCCAGGUAAUGGAAUCUGUUCCUUCGGACAGGAAGGAAUUGACUUUGCUUUAUGUGUCAGACCUCAUCAAUUACACCCCCUCUCCAUCAUGCCUUAUUUUCCAAUCUUGAGUUCUAGUCCUUUAGAGACUCAACCUACAAGACAUUUAUGGAGAGAUGUUACUAUCCAACCCAAUUGCAAUGUUUCACAUCUUUCAUUUUACCAUACCUUUGGGGAUCAUAAAGUUUCUUAAUCUGUUUCAUCAUUUAGAUUUACUACAAUAUGAAGUACAACUUUUUUUUUUAAUUUAAGGACCUAGUAAAGGCUUUUAUUGUUUGCUUAUCAAACCCAAAUUCCUUCUCCAAAACUUAAGAACACAGUGUUUCCCUAUGUUUUUAUCCUCAUCAUUAGCCCUCUUGUCCCUCCUAAUAAGUUUCUUCUCACUUUUUUUUUUUUUAAACACCACCUGACUAGGAUCACCUUUUCCUUUUCCUGCCAGUCCUUGUUCUCAACUAUGAAAAUCUGGCUUAGAACUCUUCAAGGACUAUCCUUUGAUUAUCAAAUUCUGCCUGAUUCUAUUCUCUCCUAAGCCUUUGUUCUCUCGGCACUUAUGUACUCAGUUUGUAUUAUAUCAGUUUGCACUUGUUCCUUGUGUUGCUCUGUAAAAGCGCUCCUCAGCUAUUCCACGUGUAUGUAUUCUGUCUCUUAAACUAGAUUGUAAGCUCCUUGGGAGCAGGGACCAUGUCUUCUCCUUUUUUGUAUACCCUGGACAGUGCCCAGUACAGUGCUCUGCACAUAGUAGGUGCUCAAUAAAUGUUGUUGACUGACUGACCA